AUGGGCUCAGCCAUCGUCGAAAGUGAGAUCCUUCUCACAGCACAAUUGAGCUUUUUGCUCUUCCUGCAACCCAUUCUGAGCCUACUUCUUCACGAUGACACUGUGGAUGAAAACAGCGAACCGAUGCCACCAAGCCGCCCCUGGCAAUACUGGCAGCCAUUCGUCAACGUCUCCAUCACACGGAAUGAAUGCUCCAUCGUCUGUCCACGAGGUCAAGCAAAUAACCUCUUCCAACCGAUCCUGGACAAACUCCCAGCUCUCCUUCGCAAGUCAGUCACCAUCAGUAAGGAAGACUAUUCCGUGAUCGUAAUCGGCGGCGAAGGGCUAGAAGCCGGCAAACGUGUCCUUGACCUCACCAGCCCGCUCGCCUUGGCCGGCAUCCCGAUCUUCUUCAUCACCAGCUAUUACAGCGACUACAUCCUCGUCCCCUUCUCCGCCCGCUCGACCGUCAUCUCCGCCCUCGAAGAACGCGGUUUUGUCUUCGAAGCCGACGCCAACGGCGACGCUGGCCACAUGAACCACCCCACCUCUCCUCUACUCCAAUCCUCUCGUCCUCGCAACGGUUCGACAUCAUCCUUCGACUUUCCACCGAUCGCCGGCACGCCACCACCAGCAACCGUUCCAGAGCUCCAAACCAAGACCUUCAAACUCUUAACCCGACACUCCAUCGCCCCGCUCGCCGACGACUCGAUCGAGCUUGUGACCUGUGCAGGCGUCAAAGAUAGCACAGCCAGCACCUCCGCUUCCAACUUCUCUCAGGGGAAACUCCAGCUUGGCUUAGCGAAAUGUCUCACCCUCAACCCACCACCGAGCUUCCUCUCCAUAACCCUCACAGACUCUGAGUCCGCCUCUUUGACGCUCGAGAAGAACCUGACGUCCCUCUUCUGCAACUCCGGCGAGGACCUGUUGCUCGGUAAAGACGGGCCGGAGCAGAUCGCCAUAACCUUGGAUCUCAAGGACCUGCCGUUGGAAAGUACGGGGAUCGUGUGUGGAGUGGCGAGUCGGUUGAGUGAUGGGAUGAGAGGAAGGGUGGUGGGGGAGGUGUUCAAUAUGAGUUAUUUGAGCACGGCGAGGGCGGGGCAUGUGAUUGUUUCUAAGGAGGAGCUGGAGGAUGUUAUUGAGGCGUUUCGCGGGACGGAGGUCGGGCUGUGA